UUUUGUCAUUCUGGCCCCAUUCAUUAAAUUACGUAGUUUAACAAAGUUUAUCAUGAAAUACUUUGUGUUUUCUACAUAAAUUUAAACUAUUUGCGCUAAUUAACUGUUAUAUCUUUUAAAUUUAUCAUUCAACAUUCAUUUAGGAGACUAAACUGAACCUCACAUGGCGGAGGAAAAAUUUGAUUUGAAAGAAUUAGAUGAUUUGGAGAGAAGAAUCGGAGGGAAAAAGUUGGACUAUAUAAGAUUCGAAUUUAGUGACCUGAAUGGCCUAUCGAGGGGGGUUACAGUUCCGCGGAAACAAGUCCCCAGUGCUCUGAAGAACGGAGUUUCAUUUUUUGCAGGAGCCUUGUCAAUAACCCCGAGAGCUGAUUUGGUAUUCAUAAAAGAAUUGGUCGACCUUCACCUUCCCAACUGUACUUACCUGCCCUCGCCCCACACGCUGCAACUUCUGCCAUGGGCCGGCAAACGAACAAAUGCCGGUAAAACAGAAGACAAUCAGAGAACGAUCGGACAGGUGUUGUGCGAAAGUGCCUGGAUCGCCCCGUUUAGGGGUGGGGGUCGUAUGGAGGCCUGCCCAAGGUACCUACUAAGAAAACAACUCGAUAGGUUGGACAAACUUGGUUACGUCUUUAAAUCUGCAUUCGAAGUUGAGUUCACGGCCUACAACAAGUCAACCAACAAGCCCGUCUUCCCCGGUGUCGACGCUGGCUCCACACUCGUCUUCUCCCAGUUCGAAGAUUACUUGCUAACACUGGACGAGAACUUGCAGCAGAUUGGUAUAGAUGCGAGCAGCAUAGUUGUUGAACACGGCGAAGGUCAGUUCGAGUUUGCGUUGGAGCCAUCUGACGGCAUCAAAUCAGCCGACUCUCUCUUCAGAGCCAAGCAUGCAAUUAAAGAAAUCAGUCAUCAGUUCGGCUACCAAGCCACUUUCAUGUCAAAGCCGACGAAGGAUGCUUCUCCAAAUGGCCUGCAUCUGAACGUGUCUCUCUGGAAAAAGUAUGCCGAUGGAACCCUGAAGAACGCCUUCCAUGAUGCCGCCGAUAAGCACGGACUCUCCUUGCUGCAUCGAUACUGGAUUGCCGGGUUGAUCAAACAUGGAAAAUCGUUGUGUGCGUUUUACUGUCCCACCUACAACUGCUACAAACGCAUCCACAAGUUCAUGGCUCCGGAUAAAAUUGAUUGGGGAGUGGAUGACAGGACUGCAGCCUUUAGAGCUAAGAGUUCCUCCCAUGCUGCAACUUAUUGUGAAAAUCGUAUUCCCUCCGGCGCUUCCAAUCCAUAUUUGGUCGUCGCUGCAACCAUCAUAGCCGGCCUGGAUGGAAUCAUCAAUCGACUGGACGUCCAACCAGCGAGAACCGACAGGAUCGACCCGGCCACUACAGCUACUGUCGGUAAGAGGAGAGACUCGGUGAAGGACAACGUCUUUCCCUACAGCCUAUCAGAAGCCUUGGAUGAAUUGGAGAAUGAUGACAUAAUGAGGGAGUGUUUGGGCGAAGAGUUCAUUCGCUGGUUCGUACAAAUGAAGAGGGAGGGAGAGAUUGAAACGCUUGACAAUCUGUCGGAAGAAGAACAAUGGCAGAAAGAAAGAGAACUUUAUUUUGAAUUUAUCUAAUUCGAAUAUAGAACUAAAACUAUUGUGUUGAGUCAUUAAAUUGAUUUCAUUUUACUUGCUUAUCUGCUGAUGUUACUCGCAAUUUCUAUUUUGUUUUUCAUUCUCAACUCAUAUUCAUUCGUACUAUAAUAAUAGUUAACAGUGCAACCGAUUGAAAUGUUAUGUACUGAACACGUGACACAAACAUCAACUGUAUGCUGAACAUGCAUUCACUAUUACCUAUAUUUUUCUUUAAAACAAUGAUUCCAUAAAGAGUUUAGUUAGCAUUAAUAGAAAGAUUAGCAUUACAGAAAUAUUUACACGAUAUAUUCGUAGAUUGGUAGCGUAAACUCAUCCCAAUACAGGUUUUGGGAUAAGUUUACAUAAUAAAUAACAUGACCUAUAUAUUCGCACGAAGAUUAUUAGUUCAUAUUUACAUAUUUUUUAGUUCGUAUUAACAUGUUUUCAAUGAUAUAUUAUAUUCUUCUAUGUUUAUAAUCGAACCUAUUUUACUGUUUGUCUCUUUGAUUACAAUUCAAUAUAAUUUUGGAUUCACUAAAACUUGAAUAUUUCAUCCUAAACACACACCGCACGCAGGCACGCAAACACACACGCACAAAGACGUUAUGUUAUUCAGUAUGAAAUUUAAAGUUAAAUAAACGUCUGGCUUUGUUAAUUGAUAAAUUUAAUAUUUGC